AAUUACCUGCAGGUGGUGGGUUUCCAGGAUGGUGCUCCCUCCAACCAGCCUGUCCUGAGGCGCUGGCCUGCUGCCUGGGCCACAGACCCUUGUGGGCUCUGGGUGUGCCACUUACGUGGUCUCCUUCCCACAGAUUCUCCCCCAGCCUCUGAGAUGAUGGGACUGGGAAACGGGCGCCGGAGCAUGAAGUCGCCGCCCCUCGUGCUGGCCGCCCUCGUGGCCUGCAUCAUUGUCCUGGGCUUCAACUACUGGAUCGCCAGCUCCCGGAGUGUGGAUCUCCAGACCCGGAUCCUGGAGCUGGAGGGCAGGGUCCGCAGGGCGGCGGCCGAGAGAGGCGCGGUGGAGCUGAAGAAGAAUGAGUUCCAGGGAGAGCUGGAAAAGCAGCGGGAGCAGCUCGACCGCAUCCAGUCCAGCCACGACUCGCAGCUGGAGAGCGUCAACAAGAUCUACCAGGACGAGAAGGCCGUUUUGGUGAAUAAUAUCACCACAGGUGAGAGGCUCAUCAGAAGCCUGCAAGACCAGUUGAAGGCCCUGCAGAAGAACUACGGCAGGCUGCAGCAGGAUGUGCUCCAGUUCCAGAGGAACCAGACCAACCUGGAGCGGAAGUUCUCCUACGACCUGAGCCAGUGCAUCAGUCAGAUGAAAGAGCUGAAGGAGCAGUGUGAGGAGCGAAUAGAAGAAGUCACUAAAAAGGGAAAUGAAGCUGUUGCUUCUAGAGACCUCAGUGAAAAAAAGGAUCAAAGCCAGCAGCUCCGAGCCCCCAGUGAGCCUCAGCCCAGGCCAGAGGAAGUGGACCUGCCCCAGGCAGAGGUGCCUCAAGUGAAAGGAAACGUGCCCAGCAAUGGUGAGCCCCAGACACCAGCCCCCAGUUCUGAGGCGGCUUUGGCUUUGAAGAGACAAGGUGAGAAAAAGGAAACCAACGAGAUUCAGGUCGCCAGUGAGGAGCUUCCGAGGGACAGCCUGGGGCUGCCCCAGGAGCCACGCCGAGAGCAGGCUGUGGAGGAAGACAGACCCGUGGGUGGAAGAGGCAUUGGAGAAGCUGAAGCAGUUGGCCAAAUGCCACAGGUGCCAGGAGUGAUGCUGGCGAGCCAAGAAAAUCAGGACACGGAGGACCUGGAGCGGGACCAGCUUGUCAUCCCCGAUGGGCAGGAGGAGGAGCAGGGUGCUGAUGAGGAAGGAAGACACCAGCAAAAGCUGGGAGGAGAGGAGGACUACAACAUGGAUGAAAACGAGGCAGAAUCGGAAACAGAUAAGCAGGCAGCCCUUGCAGGGAACGACAGAAACCUGAACGUUCUUAAUGCUGAAAAUCAGAAAGGAGACAUAAAUUUACUUGAUCAGCGUGAAAAGAGGAAUCACACACUCUGAAUCAACUGGAAUUACAUACUUCAUGUCAGGAUUGAAAAGAGAUCACUACGAAGUAUUUAUGAGGGGUUGAAUACUGUGAAAUGUACUAAGUAAAAUAUACAUCUAAAGAUGAUUAUUGUGGAGUUUUAAUAUGUACUUUAUGUAGGAAAAUGAUUGUGUUGUAGAUGGUUUUUUCGAAGUAUUUAUACUAAGGUAUCAGAAUUUGUCAGCUAAUAGGUAUGAGAAGAUCAAUAUCAAAAACAGAACCCAAGUUCUCCAAGUAUGGUGACAGUGGCGCUUAAAAAAUUCUGGAAUGUAACUUUGUUAAAAAAAAAAAAUCAAAGCCUGUAGAAGAGUCUGUCUUCUGACACCAAGAGACCCACCGCACCUGAGAAUUCUUCUCUGGUCCCUUUGGUGUCCCGCUUCACACGCUGUGCUGAGUGGCUGGUACCAGCCCGAUAUUUCUGUUCUCACAGGUCAGUGCUGAACGAUUCCUGGCUUAUACUCUCAUGUGCUCACUUCUGGUUCCGAUAGUCAGUGGCCUGGAGUACAAAACUGUUAACACAAACAUCACUAGCAACAGUUUUGAACAAGUCUAUAUACAAAGACAUUUUAUGUGAGAAUUUUUUAAAAAACUUAUAUAACCUUUGUCAUUCAUGUACAAAAAUGCUUCUAACUGACUUGUAAUUUGAACAUUUGUGAUCUAUUUUUACUUUGCUUAGUAUGUGCGGGCAAAGCAAAAUCUUCUGUAUUAAGUCCCUAUUACCAAGAGCCAUGAGUGGAUUAGACUUUUGACACAACAGGGGCCAAACCAGAGCUGACCCUGGGGCCUGUAGCAGAGCACUGUGGGGGCAUGUUUGCUGUGGACUGCCCAAUGCACCAUUACAGGAAAAGGAGAGGAAGUUGAUGUUAAGAGUAUAUGGUGUUACACAGGGGGAAAGUUUAGAAAGGCAAGAGAAAUUAACAGUUGUUUUUGCCAUAGUCUGUACGUUUGGCUUAUGGUAAAUGACUAUCAACAGUGAUUUAAAAAUCAAUGUUAAUUUGAAAAGGACUAAUCAUAAUUCACCUUGAGUUGCUUCUCUGUAUUUCCAGUAAGUAGGCUCUUGCCACUUACGAAUGACUGGCAGAGUCACACUAAUGACUCUCAGGUCUUAAGGGUAAGUGGGUAGUGAUACUUACUUACUCUUACAAGUCAGAGGAUUUGAGAUACAGGAGCCUCAGAUCACCUGGUAUAACCCCUCAACUUGAGAGGAACUGGGGGUCCAGAGAAGUUAAAGAACUACGCAGGCCAGACAGCUGGUGAGCUGGAUGCCUGGCCCCUCACCUGCUCUGGACUCAUGGUGCCCCUGGCUGGCACUGAAGGCAGGACCUGGUUUGCAUUCAGGUUAAGAUCUCCAAUGUGAAUGUUACUCGUGUAGGUACCUUUUUACUUAAUUGCUAGGAUUAAACUUUUCUACCCGGAAAAGGCAACUAAAGGGUGUUAAAAAUAGCUUUGUAAGAUUUUAUCUAAGCCCUUGUCCAACUUCUCUUUGUGUCUUAGCCUUAGGGUUGAUAAUCUCUCUUGCCUUUUCAAUAAAACAUCUAUUCAUUCCAUCUUUAAUCAGUGUGCAUAGAGUUCUAAGAAACAAGACUCUUACAGUUCAGCUGCUUUGUUUUCCUUUACUGCCCUAUUGGACUCCUGAAGAAUCAGCUUGCAAAUUAUAGAUUAAGAAUGGUUUGCCUUAACCCUUUUGUGGACUGAGAUGGGAUGUCAAUAUAAAUAAAAAAUGACCACACUG